GCAAUUAAUUAUGGCAAUUCAUUAGGAGUGGCAUCCUUUAAUGAUGCUGUGAAAACUAAUGUAUUAGCAGGAAAAAUAGCAAGAAAGUUUGCUUCUCCUAAUUCAUUUAAUAAUAAUGCAGGAAAUGCGACUUCUAUGAAAGCGCUUAUAUCUAAUAAAUUUCUUUCUAUUGAUACUCCAGAAACAUAUAAAAAACGGAUUAGACCAUAUGUAAAUGCUUUACCAUUUGCAAAUGCUUUACCUAUUCUUUAUAGCCAUUUAUCUGAAAAUUUGAAAUUACGGAUUAAAAUUGGAAAUCCAGCAGAUCUUAAUACCUUUUUUACCCAACUUAAUGAUAAAUGGUUAGAAACUGGUAGACGUGUAGGCGUUUCCUCUUUCAGUGAAGAAACUCUAUCACAUUCAUCUAUAUAG